AUGUAUUUACAACUUACUAUCCCUGUAGACAAAAGAAAAAAAACACAAGAGCUACUCAUCUCCGAAACACACACGCACGCAUUCCUUCCUCAGUUACAUUACAUUCAUCCAUCCAUCCAUGAACUUCCGAUGAAUAUUCUCGGCCAUCGUCCGAAAUCCUCCACAUACAACAACAACAAGUACGAGACUUGUAGAAAUACUCGGAACACCAUCUCCUUAUCUUCCCGACCUUGCGUGGCCCCUCAAGGCUACUAUGAAGAAGACUAUACGGAAGGGACAGACAGCUACUACGUGGAUCGGCUAUGA